GCCAUUUUUGGCAAAAUACCACAGAAGCUCGCAACGAUUGCUGCAUUCUGCAAAUUCUCUCUGCCAAUUCCGCCGCUAUCCGAUCGAUCAAUCGGCAGCCGCAGCUCCUCUGGUAAUCGUCUUCAAGAAUACACCAUCUCCGCAACAAGUUUAACGUAAUUGCAGCAUUGUUUCGCCUGUACUCGCUUCCGACCCACGCUGCUUUCAAUCUUUAGCUGUAGUAAGUUGUAGAGCAAAGGAAAAAAUAUGAACAAGGACAAGAUAUUUAAGCUAGCCAAGGGUUUCAGAGGAAGGGCCAAGAAUUGCAUAAGGAUUGCCAGAGAGCGGGUGGAGAAGGCUCUCCAGUAUUCCUACAGGGACCGUCGCAAUAAGAAGCGCGACAUGCGCUCCCUUUGGAUACAACGCAUCAAUGCUGGUACACGCCUUCAUGGGGUAAAUUAUGGCAAUUUUAUGCAUGGGCUGAUGAAGGAGAACGUUCAACUAAACAGAAAAGUAUUAUCAGAGAUCUCAAUGCACGAACCUUAUAGUUUCAAGGCCCUGGUAGACAUCUCUCGUAAUGCAUUUCCUGGAAACAAGAAUGUAGUGCUUCCCCCCAAGAAGGAUGGCAUUUCCAUAGUUGUUUAAUGGAUCAUUCAAGAGUCUUCUAGAUCUCCAGUAAUAUAGAAACUGACUCUAUGUUUGUCUGGCUUAUGAUCAUUGAGAGUUGAUGCAUGUUGUUGAGUGUUAUUCUUUUCAUUUCAAUUGUUGCAUUAAUUCUCCUCAUGUUGUCAGACACCGAGAAGCUUCUCCAUUUGAAAUUAUUAAAAUUUUCCUGGAUGCUUUAGUUUUAAA